AUGAGCGCGCCUCCGCGCACGUUCUUCGCCCGCGUCGGCGCGCUCAAGCUCAAGGAGCUCCCCGAGUUCGUCGUGAAGACCGCGCGCGAGUACGACUACGCCGGCCGCGCGGCGACGUUCGCGAGGGAGUACAACGCAAAGUACAUUCAAACCGGAUCCGCGGCGCCGCUCUGGCACUUCAUGGGCGGCGUCUUCGGCGUCGCCUACGUCACGGUGUGGCCCACGGAGUACAGACACAUGAUGGCCGAGCGUCGGGGCGGACAUCACUAG